CCAGACGUGGAGGAGGAGGAAGUGGAGGAGGAGGAGGAAGAGAAUGAUCUGGGGGACCCAGCUGUCCUCAGCGCUGUCCAUAACAGCCAGACCCUGGACCACCUGGUUCCCCUUCCCUUCCGGCCCGCCCUUCUCAGCACCCGCUCUGCAGCCUGCCACUUUGGACCUCGACUGCCUGCACCAGAUCCAUCACUCCUCUGCAGUCCACCCACCUCAUGGCCCCUGAGGCUCAGUCUCCCCAGUCAUCUGACCCAGCUCCACCCUCAGCACCAGCGGAUCUUGAAGCAGCAGCAACAACAAGGUCAACCACAAAGUCCCCCAGCCAAGAAGUGGCCUCAGCAGCCGGACUCCUAUGCUAACCUCAUGACGCAGAAAGAGAAGGACUGGGUGGUAAAAGUGCAGAUGGUUCAGCUGCAGAGUGAGAACCCCCGCCUUGAUGACUAUUACUACCAGGAAUAUUAUCAGAAACUAGAGAAGAAGCAGGCAGAUGAAGAGCUGCUUGGGCGAAGAAGCAGGUUUGAGUCUCUCAAGCUGGUCACACCUUACAUUCAGAAGGCGGGGGUUUAUGAAUCAGUGGUUCGAAUUGAGGGUUCCCUGGGCCAGGUAGCUGUGUCGACGUGUUUUACCCCUCGCCGAGCUAUUGACGCUGUGCCCCACGGAACUCAAGAGCAGGAGACAGCAGCUGCAAGCAGUCAGAGGCUUUGGGUGCUGUACCGGAUUGAGAAGAUGUUCCUUCAGUUACUGGAGAUAGAGGAUGGCCAGCAGGAUGGGCCUGCACAGCCCCGUGACUCUGAGCAGCAGAGCAGCCGGGUUGAGAAGCUCUUCCAGGCCUUAAAGGCCCAGGGGCAGAAUAAUCUGGAGGCGGCGGAUGACGGCUUCCUGCAGGCGCUGUCCGUGGGGAAGGGGAAAGCCCUGGUGGCCCGGCUCCUCCCCUUCCUGCGCCGGGAACAAGCUGUCAGCUUGCUGCUGGCCAUCACCCGCCACCUGCCCUUCCUGGUCAAGAGGGACGUGGCCGAUCAGGCCCUGCAAAUGUUAUUUCAACCUCUGAGCAAAUGUAUCAGGCACUUGACCUUCAGUGAACUACUCCAAGGACUUCAGGGACUCAUGCGGCUACCACCUGGCUCCUCUGAGCGGCCAAUCACCGUGGUGCUUCAGAAUCAGUUUGGCAUAUCUUUGCUCUAUGCCCUGCUAAGUCAUGGGGAGCAGCUGGUAUCACUGAAUUCUUCCAUCAAGGAGCCCAGCAGUGACCAUUCAGCUUGGACAGACAUGGUGAUUCUCACUGCCUGGGAGAUUGCUCAGAUGCCUACAGCCUCUCUGGCAGAACCCCUGGCCUUCCCCAGCAACCUUCUUCCCCUGUUCUGUCACCACGUGGACAAAGAAUCGGUACAGAAGCUGGAGGCUAGGAUGGAGUAUGUGACCAUGGAAAUAAGAUCAUAGCCUCAGGUUGAAGCCCAGACUAGGUUCUAUCACUUCUCUUCUAUGUUUAAACCAAGAGUAUGGAGGAUAACUUGCUUUUAGAAGUAUUUCUAGACAUGGAUACUUACUGAGUAACCAAUCUGCUCGAAGUUAGGGUUGUAUGACCUGUUUCUUCAGCCAAACUUUUCCAUUUUUUUCCCUAGGAACUUUGAUUAUUUAUCACACUAAGAUAUUUGAGAGUAAGAAUUAGUUUGAGAAGAUGAACUGUUCAUUCAAAAACUAUUUGAGGGAUAACUCAAAUGUAAAGAAGAUGUAAACGCACAAAGAACAUGUAGGUCAUCUUUCCUCAGAACUUUCAAUCUGCAGGACAGAGAUACUAAUCACAUGGCACAAUACUUUAAAGGGAAGUUAUUUGGAGUUGAUCCCUCUUUUUGUAGGUUUGUUCUGAUCUACUGAUCAGCUUGUUCCAGAAUGCCUAUAUUUAGGGCAAGUUUAGUGAUCAGACACUAGCUGUGUAUAGGUUUUGCCUACAGGGAUCCAGAGAGUCUGAAGACAGUGUACUCCUUGAUAUAUCGGCAAACCUUGCCCAAAACCUUUUCUCAUGCCUCAAAAAACUGAACUAUGUGCCUAAAAAGGCAGAGCAAAAUGAGGUAUAAUUAAAAAGAUAACAGAAUGAAGUGCUGCAGCUUGUUUGUAAAUGAAGAGGUAUUAUCAAAGUCACUUUCUUUUGUGUGAAGCUUCACAAGUGUCCUUAAUGUAAGGGACAAGUCCUUGUUGUGUUGAACAAUAGACUGACUUUGAAAACUGU